CUGCAUUUGCGUGGGUGUGCGUACUCAGUGGAUACUUGUUUGAGCAAUCUGCAUUGUUGGGAAAGCCCCUUUCUCGGGAAGAAAGUUAGAUCCAGGUUGAGGCCAACACACAUGACGUGGUGAAAACUCAGGGUGAUGAUGUUCUGCAAUAAGAAGAAGCUAGUUGAAGUGGAGCGGGUGGUGAAAGCCAAUGACCGUGACUACAACGAGAAGUUCCAGUAUGCGGACAAUCGUAUCCAUACGUCCAAGUACAACAUUCUCACAUUCUUGCCAAUCAAUUUAUUUGAGCAAUUCCAAAGAGUGGCAAAUGCCUAUUUUCUUUUCCUUCUGAUACUACAGCUCAUUCCAGAAAUCUCUUCCCUGACAUGGUUCACCACCAUUGUGCCACUGGUCCUGGUGAUCUCUAUGACAGCUGUCAAGGAUGCUACUGAUGACUAUUUCCGUCACAAGAGUGAUAAUCAAGUGAAUAACCGGCAGUCUGAAGUGCUCAUUAAUAGCAAAUUGCAGAAUGAAAAAUGGAUGAAUGUGAAAGUUGGGGACAUCAUUAAAUUAGAAAACAACCAAUUUGUCGCUGCUGACCUGCUGCUUCUGUCAAGCAGUGAGCCACAUGGUCUCUGUUACGUUGAAACAGCUGAGCUUGACGGGGAAACAAACCUGAAAGUUCGUCAAGCACUACCUGUCACCUCAGAACUUGGAGCAGAUAUUAGUAGCCUUGCAAAGUUUGAUGGGAUUGUCAUCUGUGAGGCACCUAACAACAAGUUAGACAGAUUCUCUGGGGUCCUCUCUUGGAAGGACAGUAAGCAUACCCUAAGCAACCAGAAGAUAAUCCUGAGAGGCUGUGUCCUGAGGAACACCGGCUGGUGCUUUGGAAUGGUUCUUUUUGCAGGUCCAGACACUAAACUCAUGCAGAACAGUGGUAAGACCAAGUUUAAAAGGACAAGCAUUGACAGACUGAUGAAUACCCUAGUCCUGUGGAUUUUUGGGUUUCUGGUAUGCUUGGGAAUUAUUCUUGCAAUAGGAAAUUCUAUCUGGGAGCGUGAAGUUGGAGACCAGUUCAGAACUUCCCUCUUCUGGAGAGAAGGCGAGAAGAGUUCCUUGUUCUCUGGAUUCUUAACAUUCUGGUCAUAUGUCAUCAUUCUCAACACGCUUGUGCCCAUUUCAUUAUAUGUCAGUGUGGAAGUAAUCCGUCUGGGACACAGUUAUUUUAUAAAUUGGGACCGGAAGAUGUAUUAUGCUGUGAAAGCGAUGCCCGCUGAAGCCCGGACGACCACACUCAAUGAGGAGCUGGGCCAGAUUGAAUAUAUCUUCUCUGACAAAACAGGAACUCUUACUCAAAACAUCAUGACUUUUAAAAAAUGUUCCAUUAAUGGAAGAGUCUAUGUGGGUGAAGUGCCAGAUGACGUGGGUCAGAAGAAAGAAAUAACUAAGAAAAAGGAGGCUAUGGACUUCCCAGGCAAAUCGAAAUCAGAAAGAACACUCCAUUUCUUUGACCACAGUCUGAUGGAAUCCAUUGAGCUGGGGGACCCCAAAGUCCACGAAUUCCUUCGCUUACUGGCUCUCUGCCAUACUGUAAUGUCAGAGGAGAAUAGUGCAGGACAACUGGUUUACCAAGUCCAAUCACCUGAUGAAGGAGCUCUAGUUACCGCUGCUAGAAAUUUUGGGUUCAUUUUUAAGUCUCGAACCCCAGAGACAAUUACAAUAGAAGAACUUGGAACACCGGUUACUUAUCAGUUACUUGCCUUUUUGGAUUUCAACAACAUCCGGAAAAGGAUGUCUGUCAUAGUUCGAAACCCAGAAGGACAGAUAAAACUUUAUUCCAAAGGAGCAGAUACUAUUUUGUUUGAAAAACUCCAUCCUUCCAAUGAAGACCUGCUGUCUGUAACAUCAGACCAUCUCAGUGAAUUUGCAGGGGAAGGCCUCCGAACCUUGGCAAUUGCUUAUCGAGAGCUUGAUGACAAGUACUUUAAAAUGUGGCAGAAGAUGCUUGAAGAUGCAAAUUCUGCCAGUGCUGAGAGGGACGAACGGAUAUCUGGACUGUAUGAAGAAAUUGAAAGGGAUUUGAUGCUAUUAGGUGCCACCGCUGUAGAAGAUAAAUUACAAGAAGGUGUUACUGAAACAGUCUCAAGUCUGUCACUAGCCAAUAUUAAGAUCUGGAUUCUAACAGGGGACAAACAAGAAACUGCCAUCAAUAUCGGGUAUGCCUGCAAUGUGCUGACAGAUGCCAUGGAUGCUUUGUUUGUGAUAACGGGGAACACGGCUGUGGAAGUUCGAGAAGAGCUCAGGAAAGCAAAAGAAAAUUUGCUUGGACAAACCACGAGUUUUUCCAAUGGACAUGCAGUUUAUGAAAACAAGCAGCGGUUGGGGUUGGACGAGGGUGCAGGAGAGGCUGUGACAGGAGAAUAUGCCUUAGUCAUAAACGGCCACAGUUUGGCCCAUGCCCUAGAAAGUGAUGUCGAGAAUGAUCUUUUGGAGCUUGCCUGCGUGUGUAAGACUGUGGUUUGCUGCAGAGUCACUCCACUCCAGAAAGCCCAAGUAGUAGAGUUGGUAAAAAAGCACAGAAAUGCUGUGACUUUGGCCAUUGGUGAUGGGGCCAAUGAUGUCAGCAUGAUUAAAAGUGCCCACAUUGGCAUUGGCAUCAGUGGCCAGGAAGGACUGCAAGCAGUCUUAGCCAGUGAUUAUGCAUUGGCUCAGUUUAGAUAUCUCCAACGGCUGCUUCUUGUUCAUGGAAGAUGGUCCUAUUACAGAAUGUGCAAGUUUUUAUGCUAUUUCUUCUACAAGAACUUUGCGUUCACCCUUGUGCAUUUCUGGUUCGCCUUCUUCUGUGGUUUCUCAGCACAGACUGUCUACGACCAAUGGUUCAUCACUCUUUUUAACAUCGUUUACACGUCACUGCCCGUGUUAGCCAUGGGAAUUUUUGACCAGGACAUAAGUGAGCAGAACAGCAUGGACUGUCCUCAGCUCUAUGAACCUGGACAACUGAAUCUCCUUUUUAACAAACGAAGAUUUUUCAUCUGUGUGGCACAUGGAAUCUACACCUCGUUAGCCCUUUUCUUCAUUCCCUAUGGCGCCUUUUACAACAUGGCUGGAGAAGACGGGCAACACAUUGCUGACUACCAGUCCUUUGCAGUUACUGUGGCCACAUCUCUGGUCAUCGUGGUCAGCAUACAGAUCGCUUUGGACACAAGUUACUGGACUGUAGUUAAUCACGUCUUUAUCUGGGGCAGUGUUGCUACCUAUUUCUCCAUUUUAUUUGCCAUGCACAGUGCUGGUGUCUUUGGAAUCUUCCCACACCAGUUCCCCUUUGUUGGAAAUGCUCAGCACUCUCUGAGCCAGAAGUUUGUCUGGCUCGUGGUUCUCUUGACAGCAGUGACGUCAGUCAUGCCAGUGGUGGCGUUCAGAUUCCUGAAGAUGUAUUUAUACCCAAAUCUGAGUGAUCAGAUCCGUCGGUGGCAGAAGGCUCAGAGAAAGGAAAGGCCUCUACGAAGCAGAAGGCCUCAGACCCGCAGGUCAAGCUCCAGAAGAUCCGGAUAUGCAUUUGCUCACCAAGAAGGCUACGGAGAGCUCAUCACAUCUGGAAAAAAUAUGCGAGCUAAAAGUCCAGCCCCAGCAUCGGGGCUGGAAAAGAUGCUUUAUAAUAACACGAGCUGGAUUGAAAAUUUAUGUAAGAAAACCACAGACGCGGUGAGCAGCUUUACUUAGGAUAAGAUGGUGAAAUUGUGAGUCAAGAUAGACUUGACCACAAAGCCGACUUUUCACCUCAUCUGGGGCUGAGCUUAGGCUGCUCAGGGGCCAAGAGCAGGACAAAUCACAUUGCUUAACUUAAAUCGAUGGCCUCCAGCUGCCAAUGCCUGUCAGAUAGUGAUGUUUUCUGCAGGAUUCCAGGCCAGAUGUGCACUGUCCAAUCAUCUGUGUGUGAUUCUGUGGACCAAGGCCUCAUGGGACAAGUACAGAUUUUUUAUUAACUUAAGCACCGAUCCAUCUGAAUUUUGAAUCUUAUGUAUGGGAAAAAAGGCUUGUAAAUUAAGCAUCUAUGUUGGAUGGGUCUUAGGUAUGUAAAAGCGUACAUUCCAAUGAUGUGUUUCAACCAAAAAUGCAUGUUGACAGAUAUACCACGUAUGUGAAGAGUGCCUUUCUCAGAUGCAAUUGCAGAAUUUAAAGUAUGAAGUGUGGUGCUCUCAGAUUGAGAGUCAGUCUUUCUCUAGACUUGAGCUCCCCUUGCCAGGACAACAAAGCCUUCCAUGGCUGAAGAAUGCAUUAAGAAGUCUGUGGGGUUGUCUGUUUUAAAAACAGGAAUAAAAGCAACCGAUUGUCUCUGCAGAGGGACUGCUAACAUGGUCAGCUUUAUAGAGAGAGUGUUCAGACUGUUCCAUGGGGAGACAAAAUACCAGAGUGGCUCCUCUAUUGUCCCUAAUGUUUCAAUGACUUGUGUGACAAUGUCAGUAGCGAUCUGCUGCCCAUUACACAGAUGGAGGCAGAGCCAGCAGAGUGGUAGAACACCGCCCUUUAUUGACAGUGUUCCAUGCAGCCCAUGGGCAAAUGCUGCUGACAGAUCCCGUUUUAAACACUUGAGAAUUGAAAGGAAGUGAGUCAAUGGCAAUCUCUACUGUUAGUAUUCACUCAGGCUUAGGCCAUUGAGACUCAGUUCCUUUUAGCGUCUAGCUGUCCCGUUUAUGACUCAAACAUCUAAAUGUAUAGAUAUAUAGAUGAAGCUGAUUUUUAAAAUAGACAUCGCAGCCCAGUUUGGUGAUCUAGAGGUGAGUCACUAGUUUAUUUCCUUCAUAAGGUUCUGUGUUCAAAUUGCUGCUGACACUCACCUGUGAUGGGGAGGUAAUGUGCCUUUCCCUUUGACUCGGUUUCCUCCUCUACAAAACGAGGAUGUACUACCUACCUCGAGUGGUUGAUGACCAUCAAGCACAAAUUCUCAAAUCAUCAUAAACACAAUUCUCAUAUGAAUGUGCAGGUUAGGUUUUUAGCUAGCUCAUCAUCAGAGCAGCAGAAAUGAGGUUGCUUAGUACGGCAGAAAGCAAAUAAAACUGUAGCCUGGGGAAUAGAUUUAUCUACAAGGAAGUAAACAAAACCAAACCAAAACCAAACCAACCAAACAAAAAGUCACGUUUUCUAAAAAUCAGCCUUUAGCUCUCUAGCCUUCUUUCUCUGGGUCUCCAUCAAUUGCUGAUCAACCAAAGUGACUUUUCACAAAGAGCUUGUUAAUUUUAUGUGACCUUGAUAGAUGAUGGGUUGGGAUGGUGUUAAUGGGGCAGUGUCUCCUGCCCAAUUGGUCUUGAUUUCUAAGCCUAAUUUUUCCUAAAUGGUACUCAGUGAGAUAAUCUAUAUGCAGUAGCUACUACCUAGAACCUUUGCCCAUAGCAAAUACUUGUAGUGAUUCCUUUUUCUAUACAUAUCUACCUAGAACAAAGGUAAAAUUUUCAUGUCUAAUGGUCAGCUAUGUGUGCUUGUUUAUGUUUUAUAACAAUUUUGAAAACUUUGGAAAUUUCCAGUAAAUGUUUUCCCACCA